AUGCAACAGCUGAGGGGAAGCACAGCCACUGUAUGCACCGGUGGUUCGUGGCUCCCAAAAUUACCAAAAUGCGUUGAGCUGGACCCGCACAGUCGUGAUGAAGGUGCGCCACCGAUACGUUUCGAAUUGGAGCGUGGCCUGCACACAGUGACACCCCGGGGGCAUCUUGUGGUGAACAUUUCGACGACAGUUCGACUUCAGUGCCUGUUUCCAAGGAAUAAGGGGCAGCCGAGAUGGGAAGUCUCGUCGACCUACCGCGAAUAUCCGCAAACUUGGAGCAGAAUCAGCUACUCAUCAGAACAUUUCGAUAUCGACGCUUAUGAGCUAACGGUAUCGACGGCGCGUCCAGAAGAUGGCGGCUUCUUUCACUGCGUUAUCCCAAAUGGCCGCCGAAACACAAUCAAAAUUAUUGUAAAAGGUGAUAGGCGUUAA